AGUCAAAUUCAUUUUCAUCCCACCUUCUUUGUCUCCUACAACAAACACUAAUAAUACAACCAGCAUUAAAUUCAACUCCUCUUUCUUUCCUUAUCCUUUGUCCUUCUAACUUGUUCAGUUCUUCAUCACUUUCUUUAUUAUCUAAACGACAACAACAUUCUGGUGAUUGAGUUUUUUCAACUGGGUUGACACCAAUGGCCUGGAAAAAUUGUGGGUUCUGGGAAUUGAGACCUCUGGUUCACUUGUUGUUUCCGCUUUCUAUCCAUUGGAUUGCUGAGGAGAUGACCGUUUCUGUUCUUGUUGAUGUUGUUACUAAUGCUUUGUGUCCCGGGGAGUCCACUUGUUCUGAGGCUAUUUACAUUAGUGGCCUUCAACAAACAGUUGUUGGAAUUUUCAAGAUGGUCGUACUCCCACUUCUAGGCCAGCUUGCAGAUGAGUAUGGGCGUAAACCACUGCUCAUUCUUACUGUCUCCACCACUAUUAUCCCUUUCACUUUACUUGCUAUUAAUGAGUCCAAAGAUUUUGUGUACGCUUAUUAUGCACUUCGAACAAUAUCAUAUAUUAUAAGCCAAGGGAGCAUCUUCUGCAUCGCUGUUGCUUAUGCAGCAGAUUUUGUGAGCGACAGCAAAAGAGCUGCAGCCUUUAGUUGGAUUACAGGCCUGUUCUCUGCGUCUCAUGUCUUAGGAAAUUUAUUGGCUUUGCUCCUUCCUGAGAACUGCAUUUUCCCCGUUUCAAUAGCUCUCUUGAUCUUUUGUCCUGUUUACAUGUAUUUCUUUCUGGUUGAGACAGUUGAAUCUGCACCCAGGAGACACCAAGAAUCAACUUUCUUGCAGAAGGUAGUUAUGGUCCUCAAAAAUAGAUACAAAUCAAUGCGAGAUGCUGCAUUGAUAGUUGUUGGCAGUCCAACACUCAGAGGAAUUUCUUUUGUUUCCUUCUUUUACGAGUUGGGAAUGUCCGGCAUCACUACUGUCUUAUUUUAUUAUUUGAAGGCAGUUUUUGGUUUUAGCAAGGAUCAAUUUUCAGAAAUUUUAAUGAUGGUCGGAGUAGGUUCCAUUGUAUCGCAGCUUGUGGUGCUCCCUCUUCUCAAUCCUUUGGUGGGAGAAAAGGUGAUACUGUGCAUAGCCUUGCUUGCAUCAAUAGCAUAUGCAUUGUUCUAUGGCUUGGCAUGGGCAUCUUGGGUGCCUUACCUAAGUGCCUCAUUUGGUGUCAUUUACGUCCUUGUGAAACCUUCUACUUACACCAUCAUUUCAAAGGCUACAAGUUUAAACAAUCAGGGAAAGGCACAAGGAUUUAUUGCUGGUGUACAAUCAAUAGCAAGUUUGUUAUCUCCACUUGCAAUGAGUCCCUUGACUUCAUGGUUCCUUUCGAGUGAUACCCCUUUCAACUGCAAAGGUUUCAGCAUUGUUGUUGCAUCUAUAUGCAUGAUGAUCGCAUUGUGCUAUGCUUUCACGCUCAGAACAGAAGAUAAUUCAGGCAGUGACAAAGAGGAAGAUAUUGAAACACCACUUUUAACUUGAAGCUAAUUGUAGUUACCCAAUUCAAGUAGUUUGUUGUAAGAUAGUGUUGUGAGGGUUUGAGUUGUAAUUUGUAAAUAUUAAAUUUUCUUCGGGUGUGUUUAUUUUAGUAUUCAGAAUAUUAUUUUUGAA